AUGGGGUUGGGAGGGAGAGAUAUUUACGAAGGAACUGCAGUCGCUGGAAAAAUCGAAGGUCGAUAAAAAUGCUGGAGAAACUCAGCGGGUGAGGCAGCAUCUAUGGAGUGAAGGAAAGGGUGACGUUUCGGGUCGAGAUCUGGAGAAACUCAGCGGGUGAGGCAGCAUCUAUGGAGUGAAGGAAUAGGUGACGUUUCGGGUCGAGUCUGGAGAAACUCAGCGGGUGAGGCAGCAUCUAUGGAGUGAAGAAAUAGGUGACGUUUCGGGUCGAGACCCUUCCGGGUCUCGACCCGAAACGGCACCUAUUCCUUCGGGGUCUCGAGACCCUUCUUCAGAUUGAGAUAGAAUGAGGGAGAGAUAGAUCAGCCAUGAUUGAAUGGCGGAGUAGACUUGAUGGGCCGAAUGGCCUAAUUCUACUCCAAUUCCAUAUGAAACUUAUAAGCGAUGCUUUCUUCAUGCAGAGAUUGACAUUCUAUGCUUUCAGGCACGAUCGGAGCAGCAUUGAGGAUGAAGACAAUGAGGAGGAUGAGGCGGGAGCAGGGGAGGGGGGCGAUGGUGGGCCAACAGUGAGCGGCUCCAGGGAGGAGGACACAGCCGGCGGGGAAGAGGGACCUUCUCUGGUGAUCACCAAGGAUGAGCUGACUCGUUGCCCCUGCUGCCGCCUUGGUGUGUGGACCCCUCUCCGAGUGUCUGAGGCCAGGUACAUCUCGCUCAGUCUCCGCAUGGUCAGCUUCAACGGCCUGAAGUCCCACCCUGGCCACUUCCACCGCACGGUGCCCGCUCACACCAAGGUCCACGGGCUGAUCGGCCAGAUCUGUGGCCACACCGGCAUCCACAGCACCAGCCUGGGCAUCUACAGGGAGCCGUCCACCUCCCCACAGUCAGCCUUGCCGGCCCAACUGUCCCUGGAGGAAUGUGGAUUGACCGGUGGGCCCCAACACGCCCCCACCUCCGCCUUCCUCUACUACGAUUACAGCGUUGAGUUCAGUGACUGCCCGAUACUAAACUGCGACCACUACAUCAACUUCAGGAAGCUGUGACACUGGUCCAGGUGUUAUUGCCACCGAGGUACAGUGAAAGGCAUUGUCCUGCACGCUGCCCAAACACAUCAGGUCCAUCUGUCUCCUCAGAUCCUGGUGAACUUCUACCGCUGCACCAUCGAGAGCAUCCUUACCAACUCCAUCACAGUAUGGUAUGGCAAACUGCUCUGUCUCCGACCGGAAGGCAUUGCAGAGGGUGGUGAAAAUUGCCCAACGCAUCACCGGUUCCUCGCUCCCCUCCAUUGAGUCUGUCCAAAGCAAGCGCUGUCUGCGGAGGGCGCUCAGCAUCGCCAAGGACUGCUCUCACCCCAACCAUGGACUGUUUACCCUCCUACCAUCCGGGAGGCGCUACAGGUCUCUCCGUUGCCGAACCAGCAGGUCGAGGAACAGCUUCUUUCCGGCGGCUGUCACUCUACUCAACAACGUACCUCGGUGACUGCCAAUCACCCCCCCCCCCCCCCCC